ACUCAUGUAUUUUACGCUAAAAGCGUAUUGUACGUAUUACCGCUUAGUACAAACACCUACACAGGAAAGAUGAACGCGCCGCCGGCCUUCGAGUCAUUUUUGUUGUUUGAGGGUGAGAAAAAAAUUACAAUAACAAAGGACACUAAGGUGCCAAAUGCUUGUUUGUUCACGCUGAAUAAAGAAGACCACACGCUGGGAAACAUUAUCAGAUCACAGCUGCUGAAGGAUCCUCAGGUGUUGUUUGCUGGCUACAAGGUUCCCCAUCCACUGGAGCACAAGGUUGUGAUUCGGGUCCAGACGACGCCAGACUACAGUCCUCAGGAAGCCUUUACAAAUGCCAUCACUGAUCUGAUCAGCGAACUGUCGCUUCUGGAGGAAAGGUUCAGGGUUGCCAUCAAAGACAAACAGGAGGGAAUUGAAUGAAGUAGCUCCAUCAAACUAUGUAUGUCCACUGACGACUUCAGCUUCUUCAAUGAGUCUAAGCAGCACGCUGCCAAGCUGUUUGUCUAUUUCAGCUCUUCAUUCUGAAGUUACUCCAGUUGAAAAAAACCCCACAAAGACUGUUGAAACUGUCUGCGAAGUCAUCUUCAGUUUGAAUAGUAGUGCAUAACCUUUUGUAUUCUGAUGCUAUAGUAAUGUUUUUUGUUGCUUUAUGUGUCAGAUCUGUUCUGUAAAGCACAUUUAUUACGUGUAAAAAAGAAUUUUUGUCAUGAGUAAAUGUCAU